UACAAUGGAAAGCUACUCAGCUGGAAACUUCUCAGAACACGCUCAGGGGCGGGGGACAAUGUUAUCAGGAACUUUUCUGUUUGGGGCAAGGAUAACAGGUGACCUUCUCUGUUUGGGGCAAGGAUAACAGGUGACCUUUGGAGGCUGAUAAGGCCGAUUAGAGAGGACCUGUGCUGUAUAUAAGGGGCAGCUCUGCCUGCUGUUCUAUACCUUCCACCCAUCUUUCCUCCUCUGGUGACUUGGGAUCCAGAAGAACCAUGAAGUGGCUGCUGCUGCUCAGCUUGGUGGCACUCUCUGAGUGCUUCUACAAGGUCCCCCUCUUCAGAAAGAAGUCCUUGAGACGGAACCUGAAAGAGCAUGGCCUGCUCGAUGACUUCCUGAAGACGCACCGUCUCAACCCAGCCAGCAAGUACUUCCCCAAGGAGGCCAGCUCCCUGCUGGACACCCAGACCCUGGAGAACUACCUGGACGUGGAGUACUUCGGCACCAUUGGCAUCGGAACUCCCGCCCAGGAGUUCACCGUCAUCUUUGACACCGGCUCCUCCAACCUGUGGGUGCCCUCCACCUACUGCUCCAGCCUUGCCUGCACCAACCACAACCGCUUCAACCCUGAUGAUUCCUCCACCUACCGUAGCACCAGCGAGACGGUCUCCAUCACCUAUGGCACUGGCAGCAUGACAGGCAUCCUCGGCUACGACACCGUCAAGGUUGGAGGUAUUUCCGACACCAACCAGAUCUUUGGCCUGAGUGAGACGGAACCUGGCUCCUUCCUGUACUACAGCCCCUUCGACGGCAUCUUGGGUCUGGCCUACCCCAGCAUUUCUUCCUCUGAUGCCACACCCGUCUUUGACAACAUAUGGGACCAGGGCCUAGUUUCCCAGGACCUCUUCUCCGUCUACCUGAGCUCCGAUGAAGAGGGUGGCAGUGUGGUGAUAUUUGGUGGCAUUGAUUCUUCUUACUAUACUGGAAGCCUGAACUGGGUGCCUGUUUCUUAUGAGGGCUACUGGCAGAUCACCUUGGACAGCGUCAGCAUAGAUGGAGAGUCCGUCGCUUGCAGCGACACCUGCCAAGCCAUUAUUGACACCGGCACCUCUCUACUGGCUGGCCCAACCACUGCCAUUGCCAACAUCCAGGAGUACCUCGGUCUCGGAGACAGCUCAGAAGAGGAGGUCAGCUGCUCGACCGCCGACAGCCUUCCCAACAUUGUCUUCACCAUCAAUGGUGUCCAGUAUCCUGUGUCCCCCAGUUCCUACAUCGUGGAGGAGGAUCAGAGCUGCGUCGUCGGCUUAGAGGGCAUGGACCUCGACACCUACUCUGGGGAGCUCUGGAUCCUGGGUGAUGUCUUCAUCCGCCAGUACUAUACCGUCUUUGACAGGGCAAACAACCAGGUCGGCCUGGCCUCCGUGGCUUAAGCAUGAAGUCUUUCCCGCCACUUCCCAAGAAG